AUGUUAGAUGAUACUCCAAACGCUCCGAAAGAUCCGUUAACGCUGUCAUUUCUUCUAAAUCUGAUUGACGGAAUUAUUGAACAACCAUCGCGUAUACUAAUCAUGACUACGAAUCAUCCUGAACAAAUCGAUCCUGCUCUUCUUCGACCAGGCCGCGUCGACAUUAAACAAGAAUUUCAACGAUGUACGAAACCGAUCGUGAAAACAAUCAUCGAAUACUUCUUCGAGGAAGAAAACGAUAUUGAUGUCUCUCAAUUGACUGAUUGUGUUCAUUCGCCAGCUGAAGUCAUUGCAGCAUGUAUGUCGUCAUCAGAUGGAAAAAAUGCUGUGCAAUUGCUUUCGGAACAAACAUUACCCAAUGUCAUUGUCGAGGCACGAAAUGUCGUCGGACCUGACAAAGAAUAG